AUGAAUGGGAGCCCAAGUGCUCUGGCGGAAGUGAGUUGUGGGCGACCACUCGUGGCGGCGGUGGCGGCAGCGGCGGCGGAAAUCUCGGCGAUGAGCAGGAAGCGCAAGCGCGGAUUCCCGGAGGAGGAGCCCGUUGCGAAAGGGAGUAGGCCGACCAUAAAUGGUGGAUCCCGUGGAAAGGGGGCCGAUAUACUGGCAGACCCUUCCCUUGAUCUUAACCUGACGGUGCAGGACUACAGCAUCUUUGCGCCACCUACCAAGCCGCGAGGCUUGAAGGGGGCAUUGAUGCAAGGUAGUCCGAAGAAACUCACCCUCGCCCAGAUCCGUGCUCGACAGGCGGAUCUGGGAGCAUUUUAUAGAGGGGCUGGAGCCGUCAUGGUCGGUCGAAACCUGAAGCGUGGCAACGAGACUGCUAAAGCACUCGGUGCGGCGGCUCGGAAGGAGAUCCAGUCGACAGACUGGUAUCAGAAUAUCCUCCAGCAGCUGGCCACGAACGAGACGAAGCAGAUGGCUCGGAUGGAGCGGGAUCGGGGGAUGGAGCAGAAAGCUCUCGAUACCGAGCUUGCUGGGAUGAUCCAGCAGCGGAGGGAGGAAUGCGAGAGAUACCUCGAAGAGCGGGUGGACCACUGCAUCCGGGAUUUCCUGCGAUCAGGGGCCCCGAUGAGUGACCUCAGAGGCACGGGCCAUUUGGCGCUUCUGUUGCGUGUGUUGGAGAAGACCGGCCUGGGAGACAUCAAUGAUGUCUCCCGGGUCGAUCUGAUCCUUGCGUUUGAGGACGGCGAAGGGUGGGAUCGUUCCCCCUUCGAACGUCCUCAGAUAAGCAACCGCACCAACGGGGGACUCUACGACCGCAAGUUCUUGCCGACGGCAAUGACCCGGUUGCGGAGCGUGCUUUGGGAGGUCACUACCCAGCUCGAACGAGACGACUCGUCGCACCUGUCGGACUCAUCCCCCGACAGGCCGCUCACCCCGCACGACAAGCACCAGAAGGGAAGCCUACCCGUUGAGGAGAGAGAACUCUCGGGGCCUUCUCCUCGGAAGAAGAGAAGGGGGGAUGGGGAUUUGGCCGCCCCUCCCCGGAAGGUGCAGUACGUGGCGAUGGAGGUGGUUCCGGACGACAGCAAUGCGGACGAGAACCACGAUCCGGAGAUGUGGGGGACCUACAUGGUCGGGAUGAGCGGGGCUCACCACCCAGAGAACCUGGUGCGCGAUUACCCGUUGGACCUGGCGAACCCAGGUCAGUUCCGUAUAUCGGACGCAAGAACCACUCUUGAGCACUAUGCUCUCGAGGGGUUGCUGACUUUGGGGACGCCUGCCAACGGGGUCGUGGCCCAGAGUGGACCGCUCUCAAGGGACGCAGAAGAUACCGAGGAGGAACAACUGGUUCUCGCCUCCCAGCAAUCCGAUGAGCCGUCCUCGCCACAAGAUACCGACUCAGUAUCCUCUAGAAGUAACCUCAAAGCUCUCAACGCCUGGCCCGGAUACUGGAGAAAUGAUGUCCGGUGUUAUCAUCGGUGA